AUGCGCUUCACGGUCCACACCUUCCUGCUGGCCGUAUUCGCGCUGACGAACAACGCCGACACCGUCGACACGGAAGACAGUAGCGUGAAAACGUAUCUGACAGAGAAAGGGAAGAGUUUGACCACGAACGCGACGAUCAAGGCCUGGCUUGCUUUCGGCAAGUCGGACGAGCAAGUGAUGAAAGCGCUGGAUUCAAGAAUGGCUUGA